AUGCCGCAGUGGUUUAAAGAUGACGGUAAAUUGAGAUUAGAAAUUUGCCAAAGAGCUGGAACGACCUGUUGCGCCUGUGGACCUGCAACUUACUCUAUGAAAUUUAAAGGAAUAUGGAAUAAAGAAACUCAUCCAAAAGAUUUUCCAACUCGUUCCUUUCCACGCUGGGGCAAUCUAAUAGGUGCUACACACUCUCAAACUUUCUACCUAUAUCACUACAACACCAUCGUUAGUACAUUUAUGAAGGAGGCCGCUGAAUGGGAUUUUGCGGCCAAGUUGUUACGGGAUAUUAUCAGCAAUAAAAAUAGGCGAGUUUUUGAUUACUUCACGAUUCGCAGCAACUUUGACAUACAUCAAACUGAAGCCGUCAGUUUUACCGUCGAUCAGAUGCACCACCUUGUUUCGUUUGUUCGCAAGAUAUCUCCAAGCCCAGAUUGGUUUGUUGGAAUGGACUCCUUAGACCUUUGUAAAAGUGACUGUAAUUGGAGAGACAGCUUGAUCGUAAACUUAACGUUACUUGACGCAGGGACUGACGAUGGCAUUUCUUAUACUAGCCCUAAUCAUCCAACGGAACCACAAAAAACUGUUCAAAAAAUUACUGCGCUAUUCUCUAAUAAUUCUAGCUCGCCAUUUUAUGUUAAUGGAGCGCAUUCAUCCAUACCACCUUUUGCUCAAAUUACUUUUGAGAAAAUAUCUACAGCAACUUGUACACGAACCGUUGAAAUUUCAGUACGUGAUCGCUGUACGGUGAGUCAGUGGACUAAAUGGAGUUCUUGCUCUGCUUCUUGUGGUGCCGGCCAAAGAAGGCGUCACCGCCAUAUUAUAGGAAACCCAAAUUUAAAUUUAAAUCAAUGUCCUAUCUUAAUUCAAACACAAAGCUGCUUAACAGCACCAUGCCCAACCGAAGGAACUGCAUGUAAAGUGACCGAAUGGUCGCAGUGGACACCAUGUCCAACUAUAUGCGAUACACUAGCGCAACAGCUUAAAAGUAGAACAAGGCAUAUUAUCAAAGCAGGACUUAAAAUGAAGUGCCCGCCAACCAAAGAAAUAAUCCAACAUAAUAAAGAAUGCAUCGAUAGGUGCUCAAUUAAAGAUUGUGUCGUAUCAGAAUGGACAGAAUGGUCUCCUUGCUCUUGCAACACGACACAUACUACAAGAAAGAGAGCAAUUUUACAACAGCCUCAAAAUAAUGGAAAAAAAUGUCCUAAUCUUGAAGAGAGCAAAGCAUUCGAUGAAGCAUGUCUAGAUAAAUGUAAGCCAGUAAAAUGCAUAGUCUCAGAAUGGGGAACCUGGAGCAGUUGUCCUCGAAUUUGCAAUGCAAAUUUUAAUAAAACCAGGACGAGAACCGUAGAGCGACCAGCUAGUAAUGGCGGUAAACCUUGUCCGGCGUUAAAACAGACUAAACGAUGCAAAUAUAAAUGUCCAGAAGAACUAAUUAAUUGUAUGCAAUGGAGUCCAUGGUCGGAAUGUACAAGAACUUGCGGCAAAGGAUAUAAAUAUAGAUUUCGGAAUCAAAAACCAAACGCCAAUGGACGUCCGCCGUGCCCUGUUUUAGAUCAAAGAAAGCUUUGUAAAUUGCCUGAAUGCGGAAAAGUUAAAUGUCAAGUUAAUGAAUGGACAACAUGGAGCACAUGCAGUAAAACUUGUGGUAGAGGUUUCCGGACUAGAAAAAGAGAUAUCGUAGUAAUGCCACCUGAAGGCGAAUCGAGAUGUCCAAUUGUAGUCGAAGUGGAACCCUGUAACUCUCAGAAUUGUCCUAUAGUAAAAUGA